UACACUCUGGCACUUUUCCAAAGUCAGUGAGCAAUCUGACAUGAAUUCUGGAUGCUGCUGAUGUAUGUAGUGCCAUUCCAGGUUUCUUACAAAGUAAUCAAGUGGAAUCUAAUAGCCAUCCAGGAGUGAAGAGGAAUCUUUUUUUUUUUUUUUAAUAACAUUAGUAAGAAGAAUACGCUUAUAUCAGGUAUAUUGUUUUGCUUACUUCCCAGGAUUUGAAGAAUGAAGACUUUUGUAAAUCUGUUUCUGGGACUUUUUAUACUUCAAACAGCCUUAGCUGCUCCCACAAUUGAGACCAUAAACUAUGACACGGAUACAUAUGAGGAUGUACUGGAUAGUCUUUAUGACUAUGACGAAAAUCCUAUUGUUGAUCAAGGAAAGAUAGAGAUUGGGACUGUAUUACCAGUUGUGAACAGGCCGAUCCUUUCACCAGAACAGGUUCCAGAAGAAACAGAAGAGGCAGAAGAAUCAACUCCAAAAUUAAUUGAUGGUUCUUCACCACAGGGACCCUUGACUCCUGGAGUCCAAGGUCCAGACACAAGUGGAGCCAUUUCACCAACGUGUAUUCUGUGUGCUUGCCUCAUUACAACCGUUUACUGCGAUGACCACAAUCUUGAUACCAUCCCUCCUCUUCCCAAAGAAACCACUCAUGUCUACUUGCGUUUCAACAGAAUUAGCAAAAUAAGCAAACAUGACUUUAAUCAUCUAACUAAAUUAAAGAAGAUUGACUUGACGUCGAACAUCAUAUCUGAGAUCGAUGAAGAUGCCUUUAGGAAUCUGCCUCAACUGUCUGAGCUCAUACUCCGAGAUAAUAACAUAAGGCAACUUCCAGAGCUUCCCAAUACCAUGAACUUCAUUGAUGUCAGCAACAACAGACUUGGUUCUAAAGGAAUAAAGCAAGAGGCAUUCAAGGACAUGACAGAUCUUCACAUUUUGUAUUUAACCAAUAACCAUCUGAAUCACAUCCCUAUUCCUCUUCCUGACAAUCUGCAGUCUCUUCACCUGCAAGAUAACAAUAUCCAGGAAAUGCAUGAGGAUACAUUCUGCAAAAUGAAGGACUGGACAUAUGCUCGCAGGACUCUGGAAGACAUUAGGCUUGAUGGCAACCCCAUCAACCUGAGCAGAACACCCCAAGCUUUCAUGUGUCUGCCUCGUAUACCAAUAGGCAGACUUGUCUAGACUGGAGGAACACCAAAUAUACAGCUAUACAAACUCACUACUAAGUCACUGACAUGACAGUCUAAAGCAUAUAGGAUAAUGCAAUGUCAAAUGAAACAUGAAAAAUAAGCUGUUUAUAAAUUGAUACUAUUCAGAUUAACUAGAAAUCAAGAUGGAAUGAGGAAAGAAAAUGAAAAUCUAAUGUCAAAUAUUAAAUACUAUAAAAAAAUUAAAAAAAGGAAAAUAGUAUGCAUAAUACUGUACAUUAUGUACUUAAAGCAUUAAUGUGAUGUCUUCAGAUUGCUGAAAAGACCUCAUUUGUUAACAUUGUGUACUACCUACAUUUUACUAAUCUGAUUGUGUAACUCAUUAAACAUGGAUAACUGGAUUUACUAAGGCAACAUACGAAAAAAAGGACUUAGUAAAUAUAAUGUAUAGAAUUAAUUAUUUUUCUACAUGCAAAUAGAAUUCAUUUUCCUAUAAACCUAAAUUUUGGUAUUAUUUUAAACUGAGUCCAUUUUCUAAUUGUCACAGAAAAUCACCAAACCUUUCUUUAUGUGUAUCUUGUGUGACAUAAACUGUAAUUUUCCAAAAAAAAAUAAAAACCCCCACAAAUCUCAUCAAUUUGAUUAAAGUUCUUCACCGGA